GUUAAACAGCCGUUGCAGGAGAAAACUAUAUCUACAAGAGAUGGCAAAAUGCUUGAUUGGGUCUUUCUGCAACGGAGGGAAUUUCCGAAUCGCAGAUUUUAUUUUGACGACAGUAUAAAAAUUAAUACGAAAAAAAGUAUGAUAUUAGGUAUAAAGAUGCUUGGAGCUGCAGUUGAAUCGUUUUAUGACGUUGAGAAAGUUACUCAUAUAAUUACCUCAAGGUUAUUCAAAAAUGAGAACAAUGAAAAUAAGGAGGACGAAAUAAAACGAUGUAUUAACGAAACUGUAGCCGCUGCUACACAAUCCUUGCCUAAGAAGCAUACUUCGACAAUGACAGCACUUAAAACCUCUACAAAGAGGGCUUUUGGUACAAACAUAACUAAUAAAAAUACCAUACAGAAUGACACUACGAAGAAAAGGGUGAUGGGAGACAUCGAUCUUGCUGAUGCGCAAAGAAGAGGGAUUAAGAUUUGGCACGUCGACAAAUUUAAAAAAAUUCUUAGCAGAUUACUCGACACUUCAUCGGUCGACCCACCAAAAGUGGACCAUUCAUUCCUACAAUCUUCAUCGACCGACGUUACAAAGCCUGCUAAAAAUCAAAUCUUCUCAAUUAUAGUCGGUGAUAUUGCAAACCUUCAUCGACCUAUAAUUUCGCGACAGUACUUGGGUGAAGAGCAUCUCAUAAGCUUUCAUUUUGAUAUACCCGAUUCAGUGUCUCCAUUUCAAACUUAUUCCAAAAAAAAGUCAAUUCAAACUAAGCUUUCUGCAAGUUUGAAUGUUGCUAAUUCUGCAGCGGUGCCUGCAAAUCCUACUAAAGACGGUGACCGAGAAAAACGCGAAAAUGAAGGUAAAAGAAUUGUUGCGCCACUUAGAGAUGAACCGGGAUAUUGUGAAUACUGUUCUGUUAAAUAUGAGAGUCUUACACAGCAUCGUCAAUCGCUAACCCAUGUUGAAUUCAAACGAGAUAACUCCCGCUUUAAAGAUUUGGAUGACCUUCUUAGAGAAUUAUAG